AUAAAAAUAAUGAUUUCUCUUUUCACUACCAUACUCACUCUCUUCCGUCCGAUCAGACUUUGUCUGUAGCUCUACUCAUCCAACGGUUCACUUUCAAUCUCCAAAUCCAUUUCGAAGAAAGAGCACCGACCCACUUGUCCCCAAUCCGUUACAAUAUGGUCCCUCCUUCAUGUUGUACGGAACCAAUCAUCUUCCUUAGAGCCGCCUUUAUUCAUCUCCACCAAUAUUCACUCUCCACGUGUCCCCUCCCUUUAACGCCUAUGAGAGAGAAACUCUAAGACAGAAAGAACUUGUAUAUCUAUAUAAUUUCAUUGCAGCAUGCCUCUUAGUAUUCUCAUUGAGGCGGAGACGAAAAACAUGGAGAGAGAUUAUCAGUACGCGAGUUUUCUGGAAGGUUCCGGUGCCGGAGCUGAAUCAUAUGAAGAUGCUAAUACCUUCAACUCCAUGUUCUCCGGCGUUAGUCUUCUCUCUCUUCUCGGAGGUGACCAACAAUCUGUACUCACCUCAAUGCCUCUCUUCGGAGACUUUCCUAUUCCUUCUCUUGAAUCUCUGCCUCCGCCGAUGACUGAUUUCCCGGUCACUUUCGGCUUCUUCCAUGGCCAUUCUGGCUGUCUCCCCGUUCCUAAACUCGAGCCAUUGGCUCUCGAAGAAUCAGGCUCCGCAGUCGUCGAUUGUGGUGCUCUGCCUUUCAACUUCAUGUUCGCCGAUCAUGACGACUCCUCCUUAUCCGCACGCUUCGAUCCGCACGUACUAACCCCUCACUACUUGCCUGAUCUUCUCUCGCUCGAGCGAGUCACCGGAGACUCGUCUUCGUCUCCCUCGUUCGGCUCACUGAGUCAGAAACGAGCCCGAGUCGACUCAGCGAAUCAGUACAGCACUCAUCUCGCUCACGGAGGCCAGGCCCUCACUUCAUCGGAUCUAACUCAGCUAGGUCGGUUCCUCCCUUUGAACUCACACUACAAUCAGCCUGCGAGGCCCUCGCUGGAACCGGCUUCUUUUUCUUCGUCGCCGAAGAUGAUCCCUCGUGCCAGCGUCCUGGCAAGGAAGCGGCGCCAGAAGCUGAGCGAUAAGACUAGGUGCUUACAGAAGCUGUUGCCGUGGGACAAGAAGAUGGACAUGGCCACCAUGCUCGAAGAGACUUACAAGUACGUGAAGUUCCUCCAGGCUCAAAUGAGUGCACUCAAAACAAUGCCCGCCUUUUCCUGUGUGAUGCCAAGGAUCAAUGACUCUGAUGGCGGUGACCUUGAUGAUGACGAGUUCGCUGGGUUGGAGAAGCUGACGAGGAACCAGCUUUUGCAGAUCCUGGUGAACUCGCCGGCGGUCCAAACCAUUCUCUACUCUCAAGGCUGCUGUGUUUUCUCGAUGGAGCAACUGGGUCUGUUGGAGAAGGUUGCAGCUGUGAGGAGGAGGAGGGGUGGUAAUCCUCUGCACGAAGCUCCUUUUCGAUCUUCCUGAGCUCACUAUAUCAACUUUUUGAUGGAUAUGAAACUACAUCGUUUUGGUCACGCUUAUCGGCCGUAAUGGUUUUUUUGGUUAUAUUUUAAUAGAUAUUUUUGAUUUUGUGAUGUGUAAUGUGGAAUGAAGCAUAGGACUAACUUUGAUACAAACUAAGAAAUAGAUCAUAUGAUGAUGAAAGGGGAAAUCACACUUUUGAAAUCAAGUACUUACUGCAACAUAUAUAUGAAUAUGAUAUCAUCAAAUUAAUCACAUUUUGGCUGAAAAAAUUUGAGUGCUGUUUUCCUUAU